AUGCUGUUAUUGACUAUACUUCUCCUUACGCUGACAAGUAGCCUGGGCAGUGCUCAAGAUGAAAUUUCUUUACCUGGGUGGAGAAGUGAUGCAGAGUAUGUCGCACAGUGUUUAAAUAAUGGAGAACCAGGGACACUGUGUGACAUGAAGGCAGUCCAGGAGGGGAAAGUGACUACUUUAAACUUAGGGCCUCUCUCGGUGAGCGGUGAGGCCUGCCUUGAGUUUUGGUACUUGUCUCCUGUUAUGCCAAAGAUCUUCAGGCUGACUGCAUACAUCAAAGACAGUUUUGGUUUACAAAAAAUCUGGUCCACAACAGCUCAGUGGAGGAGUGGAUCCACAACAUGGACUCAAGUGUUUGUACCUCUCACCAAUGUCACACUUGGGAAUGAGGUGGUAUUUCAAAUAAAUCGGCCAAUGUUUCAACGGGAAGAAACCAUAAUAAAAAAUAUUGGUGUAAGAAAAGGUUCAUGCGGAGCCCAGUGUGAAGCACACACUCAGUUCUGGCCCGAUGAGGCCACCCGCUGCCUCUGCUCUGAAGAACAGCUCUCUUGCUCUCAUGUUCCCAGCUCAGGGAUGUGCACCAUCCACAGUCACAGCGAUUGCACCACGUUUGACGGAGCGCUCUUCCGCUUCAUGGCCCCCUGCAGCUACACACUGGCCAAAACCUGCUCUGCGACUCCAGACCUGUCCCAGUUCAAUGUGGAAGUGGUCAGUGGGCAGAGCGACAACUCUUCUUCAAUGACGAGUGUGGAGAAGGUCAAUGUGAACAUCAACAACUUCCGGAUAUCAUUCGUCAAAAGACAAACUGAAAGAGUGGUGGUUAAUGGAGUCUGGAGGACACUUCCACUUACUCUGGCCAGUGGCACAGUGAGGGUCAGUAGCAACCAAGCGGCUGUUCUAUUUAACAGCAGCUUUGGCCUUUUUGUAUCGUUUGACUACACUGGAGCGCUUCAUGUCGUCCUUCCAUCGCGCUACAUUGAUAAGGUCUGUGGCCUAUGUGGGAACUUCAACCAAAACAUGUUGGAUGACCAAUCAAGUUCAGAUCUAGCUGACAGCUGGCAAACAGGAGGGAACGCCUUGGCCUGUGAAACCAUUUUCGUACCACAUCACUGUGACCCGCAAGAAGAAGGGGGGUAUGCUAGCGAAGCCUAUUGUGGAGCUUUAAACUCAAACACUGGCCCCUUUGCAGCGUGCCAGGAGGUGUUAGAGACCGAGAGCUACUUCAAAGGCUGUGUGUACGGCAUGUGUGCUUCUCAUGGAGACCCUGCAGUGCUCUGUGAUACACUCCAGGUUUACGCCGAUUUAUGCAAAAAGGCCGGAGUCGACGUGCAAAUGUCAAAAAACUAUUCAUUAUGCUCUCCUCAGUGUGGAGAGAACAGCCAUUACAACUCAUGUGCUGAGGGCUGUCCUGAAGUCUGCUCACCACAGGACCAGGUCUCAUCUUGUAACAGCUGUGAGGAUCGAUGCGAGUGUGAUCCAGGCUUCAAGCUGAGCGGUGGCAAUUGUGUCCCAGCUGAAGACUGCGGAUGCUGGCAUAAAGGACAACACUAUGAGAAAGGGGCAGCAUUCAUGGAAGGAGAGUGCGAUCUGCAAUGUGUGUGUAUAGGCAACAAUAAUGUACAGUGCAGAUCGUCGCAAUGUUCUGCCGGGGAGGUUUGCAGUGUACAAAAUGGGGUGAAAGGAUGCUUCGCCUUCAGUCCGGCCACGUGCAACAUUUAUGGAGACCCACACUAUGUCACUUUUGAUGGGUUUGCGUAUGACUUCAAUGGGGGAUGCAGUUAUGUACUUACAACCACUUGUGGAGGCCAGAGCUCAGUGGAGUUCACAGUAACGGGGCACAACAUGCACCCCCCUCAUAAUAACUUCAGUAGCUCCAAACUGGAAGCUGUGACACUGGAGGUCGAGGAUUUGCAGAUUACCAUCCACCAAAAUGGCCAAGUCUAUGAAAACAACAGCCAAGUUCUACUGCCCUAUUUAACCAGUGGAACAUACGGCCAGGUCAGAGUCCAGGAAGACUCUGGAUAUACUGUCCUGGAAACAACCUUUGGCUUGAGGAUCCUUAUGGAUAGAGAACACAGACUGUUCCUGCAGGUGAAUGAGCACCACAAGUACGAGUUGUGUGGACUGUGUGGUACUUACUCAGACAGGCAGGACGACGAUCUAGUGAUGCCCGGAGGCCAAAAUGCAACCAGUAUUUUUCAGUUCGGAGACAGCUGGAAAAUUCAAGCUAACGAUCAGUGUGUUUCUCAUCCAAAUGAUCCCAAACAAUGUACUUCACACGAAUUAGACCAGGCUUAUAAUCAAUGUUACGCUCUACUGGAAGAGGGCUUUAGCUUAUGCCAUGAAGUCAUCCACCCAGAGAUCUACAUCACCAGCUGUGUGCAUGACUACUGUGCCGAGGAGGGAAAUCAAAUCACCUUGUGUGAGUCUCUCAAGUCCUAUGCUGCAGCAUGCGCUGUGGCUGGAGUCAACCUGGGCCAGUGGCAGGAUGGCACCAUCUGUGCGAUCCAAACCACUGUUAACCCUCAGACUACCUCAACACCAUUACCAGCACCAGACCAGACACUGUGUCCCCUGAACUGUGACUUUGAAACAAAUCUCUGUGGGUGGGAGCAAUUGGUACAGGACAGUUUUGAUUGGACAAGGCAUACAGAGACCACACCAUCAAGCCAAACAGGACCAAACUAUGAUCACACCAGUGGAGAAGGAUUCUACAUGUAUAUUGAGGGAAACAGCGUGACCCAUGGUGACUCCGCACGCAUGUUGAGUUCUCUUUGCCAGUAUGGACAACCCAUGUGUCUGCACUUCUGGUACCAUAUGCAUGGGUCUGCCACUGCCAUGGCUCUCAAUAUCUACAUGCUCCAAGGCACUAGUGUCACAAAGCUUUGGUCCAAGAAGAAUAACCAAGGGCCUGAAUGGAAACUAGGACAAGUGGACAUCACAGCAUCUGGUCCAUAUCAGAUAAUCUUGGAAGGAAUUCGAGGCUCUACUGACCAAUCAGAUGUUGCUAUAGAUGACAUAUCUAUUCACUUUGGCACGUGUUCAGAGAGCAUUCCUGGCCUGGCUAGCGGGACUAAACCUCCUAACACAACUUCACAACUGAUUACCACACAAGUGAUUCCCACACAAGUGUGUGAUCUCGACUGUAACUUUGAUAAAAGCCUUUGCAAAUGGAAUCAGAUGGUGACUGAUGCUUUUGAUUGGACUUGGUUCAGUGGUUCUACACCAACUCUGAUGACUGGGCCUCCUUCUGACCACACGGGGGGUGGCCACUACAUUUACAUCGAGGCUAGCAGUGUGUCCUACGGAGAUACAGCUCGACUGAUCAGUUCUGAGUGCUCACACUCUGGAGCCCAGUGUCUUCAAUUCUGGUAUCAUAUGUACGGGUCUGCGGACACGAUGGGCCUCCAUGUUUAUGUGGUCGAGGGUAGAAACGCCCGCACUGUUUGGCGCCAAAGAAACAACCAAGGAAAUAUGUGGCACAUGGCACAAAUUGACCUCAGAACAACAGGAGUUUUUCAGAUUAUUUUUGAGGGCAGAAGAGGAUCUAAUGACUUGUCUGAUGUAGCAUUAGAUGAUGUGUCACUUCAUUAUGGCCCAUGUUCGGAAAUAAAUGUACCAUCAACAAGUACACCUGAUCCCAACAACAACUCCUACAACUUUGCCACCACCGGGAACUGA